AUGGGGUACAGCGAGCGGGUAUGCCACCUCUGCGGGGCAUCGUUCAAUGUAGCGCGGAUCCGGCGGGCGGACGAGGCGGCCGACGCCGCGUGGAUGUACUAUGGCUACGGGUUCUUGGAUGGCCGCGACGAGGAUGAUGGCUGUGGGGGCAGGAGCACCGCGGACACGGGGUGCAGGUUCGGUGGCAGGGAGAGCAGGUGGGGUGAUGGCGAGUGGGAGCAUUUGGCGGGGCCGCGGUGCGUCUCUGAGCAGGGGUAUAGUGGGUGGAGGAUUGGGGCGGGGGAGCUGAAGCCCAUGACGCGGGUGCAGUGCAUCCUGCGCAAAGACGAGACGUGGACGCCGGAGCCGGACGACGCGCCCUACGAGGCCGAGAGCAAGUGCUUCGUGACGGGGGUCUCCCAGAACGCGCCCGACGAGUUCAGCAUCCGGCGCGGCGACUUCUUGCCCGUGCGCCAUGGCGUCUCGGACACUAACAUCAGCAACUGCGGCGAGUAUGGCUGGGGCAUCCCCUUCCAUGCCCAGUGCUUUGAGAUCUACAAGCGCGUGUGCGUGCGCCGCUUUGGUGAGGUCGAUAUCGAUGCUUUGUGGGAGCUGCGUGAGCUGGAAGGCGAUUACGGCAAUGAUGGCUGGGAUGACAUAGAACGGUGUCCCGAGCUGCAGGAUUGUCGCCAGCAGUGGUGGCAGCACGAAGUCGGCACGGAGUGGCUCGUAGCAGACCCAAUCACGAUCCCGUUCCUGCAGCAAAAACUCCAGAACCCGCCGCAGCUGGUGCUGAAGCCCAAAAAGCCGCCUACGCAAGAGCAAGAACAAAAACAAGAGCAAGAGCAAGGACAGUCAAACUCUGCAAAAACGCCAGAUGCAACAACAGCAGUAUCAGACACAAACGCAACCACAAACCCCUCCCCCUCCCCCACCCCUUCCCACAGCCCAAGCAGCAGCAGCACCACCACCACCCCCACCGACCCCUUCACGCGCCUCUCCAACGAACUCCUCGCCGAAAUCAUGCUCUGCCUAGCCCCCCACGACGUCGCAGCGCUGCGCCUCUCCUCGCGUGCCUUUACGCAUCUCCCGGACCUCGUCUUCAAGCACUUCAUCCGGGUGUCGAUGCCUUGGCUUUGGGAAAUCGACUCCCUGAAAACAACACCUACCACCUCUGCCCCCCACAACCCCUCCCCCGCUGGCAACCCCUCCAGCUCCAGCACCGUCAGAGCAAACUCCUCUGGCGCAAGCCUCCGGUCCUCCUCCGUCGGACCCCGCUUCCGCUACCGCGACCUACACGCCGCCCUAAAGCCGCACAGCGCCUUCCUGCGCGCCCAGCUCGGCCUGCGCAACCGUCGCCGUAUCUGGGGUGACGUGGUGGCGAUCGUGGAGAAAGUGGCGAGGUUGCGCGAGCAGGGGGAGAAGGCGUGGGAGGGGCGGAGGUGGAGAGAUGGCGAGGACGCUAUGGAGGAUGUCGCUGCGAGACGGGCGGGGGGAAGGAGAAGUCUGGCUGGGGGAAGAGGGAGGAUUGGGUAG